AUGAGUAAACUGUCGUUUCGGGCGCGGGCGCUACACGACUCGAAGCCGCUGCCGGUUUUCCGCUGUGAGGAUCUGCCCGACCUGCACGAAUACGCCUGGAUAAGCCGGGCCGCGCCAGAUGCCCACCGGAAUGGAGAUGGAGGAAGGAGCACCUACCUGAGAAGUGGAGUUUUCUGGCACCUCUCUGUGGAAUAUCAUCUGAUUCUGGGCAAUCAUUUUGAGACAGCUGACUGGGUCAGAAGAGCAGUCUGUGACUGUGGAACUGAGCAGGUUUCAUUGGAACAAAGUGAUAGAGGGAUGGAGACGGAUCCAACUCAAACUUUAGGUUUCCUGUAUACCAUGGAGUCCAACCAUCCACAAGUCACAAUCUCUCAGAAGACAGCAGAGAUGAGAUCACUCUCCAGGAGACACUUAAGCCACUCACAUAAUCACCUGCUGGUACAUUUUGGCUUGCUAAGCCUAAUUAGUUUGUGA